AGAGGAGACACAUUGCAACUCCUGCUGAAGCCCCUAACCUUCUUCCCUUCUCUUCUGCCCCUUCCCCCUACCCUCACUUGGCUUGAAGAAAGCAUCCCUGUGGUUGGUCUGAUCCCUGGUGCUUGUACAAAGUGAAGUUCCCACUAUGGCCAUUACCAGAACUGGCCACAAAGCUGCUGUAGGCUCUGGAUGCCACAAGAAAGGCAUAGAGCAGUCAUAUUUAAAGGGGAAUUACACUGCAAGAAACGCACAAGGCGGGCAGCACCUGGAGUAAGUGGAUCAAGAUUCCUCUGGUGUCAUUCCCCAUUCAACCCAUGAUAAUGACAGCAGCUGUUCCCCAGAGAGGCUGGAGCAUGAAGUGAAGACACUAUUGCAGCCCUCAAGAUGAACUCCACCUUGGAGGGGAAUCAGAGCAGCCGUCCUUUUUGCCUUCUUGCAGUUAACUAUUUGGAGACUAUCAAUUUUUGCCUGUUGGAAGUAAUGAUCAUUAUUUUUUUAACUGUGCUGAUCAUUUCAGGCAACAUCAUUGUGAUUUUUGUUUUUCAUUGUGCACCUUUACUAAACCACCACACUACAAGCUAUUUUAUCCAGACUAUGGCAUAUGCAGACCUCUUGGUGGGAGUGAGCUGCCUGGUCCCUUCCUUAUCAUUACUCCAUUAUCCCCUUCCAUUGGAGGAAUACUUGACCUGCCAAAUCUUUGGCUAUGUGGUGUCAGUGUUAAAGAGUGUCUCUAUGACUUCUCUAGCCUGCAUCAGUAUUGACAGGUACAUAGCAAUCACCAAACCCUUGACCUAUAAUACAUUAGUCACACCCUGGAGACUCAGAAUUUGUAUCUUGGUAAUUUGGCUCUAUUCUACCCUGGUUUUCCUGCCUUCCUUCUUCCACUGGGGUAAACCUGGAUAUCAUGGAGAUGUGUAUCAGUGGUGUGCAGAAUCCUGGUCCACUGACCCUUACUUCACCCUCUUCAUUGUGAUGAUGCUCUAUGCCCCUGCAGCUUUCAUUGUGUGCUUUACCUACUUCAACAUUUUCCGCAUUUGCCAGCAGCAUACCAAAGAAAUUAGUGAAAGGCGAGCACGUUUCAGUAGCCAGAGUGGAGAAGCUGGGGAGGUGCAGUCCUGCCCAGAUAAGCGCUAUGCCAUGGUCUUGUUCCGCAUCACCAGUGUCUUCUAUAUCCUCUGGCUGCCAUACAUCAUUUACUUCUUGCUAGAGAGUUCUGCUGGUUUUAGCAACCGCACCGCAUCCUUCUUGACGACCUGGCUUGCCAUUAGUAACAGCUUCUGCAACUGUGUCAUUUACAGUCUCUCCAAUAGUGUUUUCCAGAAAGGGCUGAAGAGACUCUCAGGGGCUGUGUGUACCUCCUGUGUGAAGCCAGCAGCAGCCAAGGACCCUUGUCCUUCUAAGAGCAAAGGCCCCCCUAAUGGAUGCCAUGUCUGAAAUGGCCCUCAGCAUAUGUGUAUUAUGGGUGUUUUUCUUUCCAAGUAUUUCUUAGCCAGUUAGGAAAUUUGGAACAAGAAUCACAUAAACCUAACUUCUGUGUUUGAAAGAAGAUUUUUCUGACCAGUAUUUUUGGGCCAUAAAAAUUAAAAUAAUGAACAUAAAUUGUUGGAUGCAGUUUUUGAAAUGUCAAGGAAAUUAUUCUGGUUUUCAAACACAUCAUGCCAUGUCAAGCACUUCUCUGUGGCUGGCAUGACUACAUCUGGAUACAGG